AUGUCUGGAAAGAAGCCCAGAAGUCAGAACCAGCUAUACAGACGCCGGAAGGUUCAAGAUGCACGAAAUAUCCGGACGGAAGCACUGAAGUCGGGAGCCCAAGCGUCGCAGGAAUUAUCAGAGAGCGGGGGAAUGAUGCGAGUUCCCGAGUUUAUGGCCUCGAGAGAGUUCGAGGUUAAGCAGCUGCAAGUGGCAAUGCAUAAAUCCAAGAGCGCGUCGUCCACCAGGGUUUUUCAGUCUUUGCCUCGAAAGCUUCGGCGACGGACCGCGUCGCACAACGUAAAGCGAAUUCCCAAGCGAUUGCGUAAUCGGGCGUUGCGCGAGAUGCAGAAAAGCGACCAAGCGGUGACACGCGGUACGGAGAAGCCCUCCCGCCAGCGUCGAAGCGGGCUCACGGCGAAACAGCUGUACAAGGCGCGCAUGACUGUGAAGCUGCUGCGACUAGCUGCGCGCUCAAAGAGCAUGAAACUCGCGCUUCCGGCGCAAGUGACUGGAUCUCAAACCAAGCUUCGUCAGCGCAUCCGGGCGCUUCAGAAGACCCUUCGCGCAGAAGCAAAACCUGGCACAGCGCAGCUACGCAAUAAUCAGAUGGGCAGUUACGAUUGCACCGGAAUUGGUAAAUUGGCACCACGCCCUGUAGGCCGUAUCAAGUAUAUGAAGCGUCAACGCGUCUUCACAUGGCUUCCCACGCACGUUUGGAAUGCCAAGCGGUCCCACAUGCUCAAACGGUGGGGCUACCAGAUGCCUUGGUCCCCUACGCAAAAAUGCUUCAAGCUCACGCAUCGGAUUGGUGGCAAUACAGCAGCCUCUGAUGGCGCGCUAUGCUGCGACUCCAGCUACAUGGGCACCAUGAUUGUUGCCUCCGCGGACACCGAAGCUCUGAGGCUUCUCGCGCAUCAGCUCACAAAUAAAAGAGCAACGCUCCCCAAGUAUAGAGUUUCGGGCCACUGGUUUGAAGGUCUAAUCUAUGAUGAAAAUGCCGAAGCCGUGGGUCCGGGCGAAAUUCUCUGGAUCAGUUCCAAUAAGCUUUUGUUGAGACUUCACCCUGCAAUUUACUCGCGAGUGUUCGAGCAGAUUUCUUUGGCCAACUCCGAAAAGAAGUUUGUCAUCCAAGACUGUCGCUUCUCUAUUGGAAGCAUCACACUUAGCGGCGGGAAGUCUCUCAAUGCAUUAUCACAAGUCUUGCGCAGCACAACUGCAUCGAAGUCUUACAACCAGUUCAAGACCGUCGCAUAUGUUACCGAUACUAACGUCCUGCCUCAAAGAACAGUAUUCGCUUUCGAGGCAAUUGACCCAAGACAUCUUUCUAACCCUAGGGCCCUUCCAAAGGCUAACAUUAAUGCGAAUGACGUCUUAAAGCUUCAAGCGGAGUACCCCCGGGAAGAAAUAGCUGAGGUGUUGGAAAAGCUUUGUAACCCUGACAAGCGUGAGAUGUCGUACAAGAACCAGCAGACGCUGAAACAGUUGGCGUACAGGCGUCGAAUGCUUCUAGAGUCUACCGCGCGGACAAACGCCAUUCCACAUGACUCCAAAGAAGACCCAUUUAUUCCGAUAGCUAUCUUCAAACGACCAAAGCAAGAGUCUUGGGUCGUUUUGCUGCCGUGGUUUUGGCUAUUGCCACUGUGGUACCAGUUGAAUCGGGUCUCGAGGGUCUAUCACAUGGGGCUGCGCCAGCUACAACAGCUGAGCUUCGAACAGCGCAGACUGUAUUUCCCGGAUGACUACCCAUUCACACAAGCAGGCUACGAUGAAAACUCAACGUUUAAGCGUCUCUCACAGGAGGCGCUAUGGAAACGCAAACCAGCUGGCAAACGCGUGAACUUCGACAAAAUAUCUGGAAUUCAUACUGAAAAUCCAGUUCGCUUUCCUGGCGAGAUUGGCGAUCCUUUCAGUUGCGACUGGCGGCUCUUGCAAGUCCUGAGAAACGGGAUUGACUUUCUACGAACUCGCGAUCAAGGCCCCAUUCGCAUGUAUGAUCCCAAGCGCACCUCUCAGUUCGACGAACUAAACAUGCGCAAACUAAUGUACGUCAAUGAUAUUAUCGACUUGUACUCUGACGUGCAAGACAAAAAAUUGACGCCCAGCGCCUUGCCUAUUAGCAUAUUUACAAAGUCUGUCAAAGGUGCCAACUCUGGCUGCCCCCAAUACGGUAACUCGCCACGCAUGCAGAUAGUAACAACACCACUUCAGGUUGCCGCGGUUUCGUGUGUGCUACAGGAGCAGGGUCAUCCAAAGGAUUUCGCCCGCGUCUACGCCAUCCCUGCUCAAGACAUGGAUUACUGGCUAUCGAUUGUAAACAUCAAGGCACGUUCCAAUGGGAAAAGGGAUCAUGACACUGCGCAACCUACUCCUGGAGUUCAAGACCUUAUCGGAUUUGUUACAAGUGGUACGUUCCACCUUGGCGACGGUAGAGGCGCCUGUACAGCCUUUAUCGCGGCCCAAGAAGCUUGCAAGAGUCCUAACGAAUACGUAUUGAUCAGAAACGUUGGCACGAACGUCUACCGCGUUGCCAAAUGGGAACAGAUCGCAUUAUAA